GGAGUUGCUAUUUACCAAGUCUUAUUCAUGACUAAGUUAUUUCAUUUGCAAGACUUUUCCAUAAAAUUUGUAAAGAAAACAUUACAAUUUGAUUCAAAUUUCGUUGAUUAGUGACGCUAGUCCUGCCAUUUAAUCCAAAAGGGUCAAGAAUAAAGCUUAUUACUAUUAGUAUUAGAAGAAAGUUUAUUACUAUUAGACGACCACCACCUUGAAUAAAGCUUUCCCUCUCCAUUGAUCAUAACCCCAAACAACAUGGCUUCCUACACCUCCAACUACCUACGUCUCCUUUCCUUCACCAAGCGCUUGUCAUCAUAUGUGAACCAAGGUCGUCAUGACCAAGCCCUUUCUCUUUUCCACCACAUACAAGCCUCACUUGCCCUUGCUCUCGACCCCCAUGUCUUCUCUAUCGUCCUCAAGUCCUGCGCAGCCAUUCACCGCCCACAACUUGGCACCGCUAUCCAUGCCCAUAUCGCCAAAUCCUCCUUCCUCUCAAACCCAUUUGUCGCGUCUGCUCUUGUUGACAUGUAUGGUAAAUGCAUCUCAAUUUUGCCUGCACGCAACUUGUUUGAUGAAAUUCCUCAGAGAAACGUUGUGGUGUGGAAUGCCAUGAUAUCGCUUUAUACACAUUCUAAUCGUGUUCCUGAUGCUUUAAAAUUAUUCCAACUCAUGGACAUUGCGCCCGAUGUGUCAACUUAUAAUUCAAUUAUAGCGGGUUUGGCAGAGUUGGAUGAUGGGUCAUUUAAGGCGAUUGCUCUUUAUCGGAAAAUGAGGGAAAUGGGGUUGAUUCCAAAUGUAAUUACGCUUCUUGCUCUAUUACCCACUUGCAUAGGUGUGGCGGCUUUGAAUUUAAUUAAGGAAAUUCAAAGUUAUGCAAUUAGAAAUGACAUUGAUUCCCAUCCACAGUUGAGUAGUGGCCUAGUAGAGGCCUAUGGGCGAUGUGGGUGUCUUGUAAAUGCACAUAAUGUGUUUUGGGGUAUGAAGGAAAGAGAUGUGGUUGCAUGGAGCAGCAUAAUAUCAGCAUAUGCACUUCAUGGGAAGGCAAGAACUGCACUGGAAAUGUUUCAACAAAUGGAAUUGGCAAAAGUGCAGCCUGAUGGAAUCACUUUCCUUGGGGUAUUAAAAGCUUGUAGCCAUGCAGGAUUAGCUGACGAAGCAAUGGAUUACUUUGCUAGAAUGCGUACAGAUUAUGGCGUGGAAGCAAGUAGUGAUCACUAUUCAUGUUUAGUAGAUGCGUUGAGCAGAGCCGGGAGACUAUAUGAGGCAUAUCAGGUGAUACGAGAAAUGCCAGUUAAGGUGACUGCAAAAGCUUGGGGUGCUCUUCUUGGGGCAUGUCGGACUUAUGGAGAGUUAGAGCUUGCAGAGAUUGCAGGGAAAGCUUUGUCUGAGAUUGAACCUGAUAAUCCUGCCAACUAUGUGCUGUUGGCUAGAAUAUAUGCUAGCCAAGGGAGACAUGAGGAAGCUGAAAGAAUGAGAAGUGAAAUGAAGGAGAAGGGAGUGAAGGCUGCCCCUGGUAGUAGUUGGAUAGUUUAUCAGGAUUGAUGACAGUGACCUUUGAACUACUUUUUUUUUUCCCCUGCUGAAGAGGGAUGAACGUGCAAGAUAUAUUAAUUACUUCAGAGUUCAGACAGUGUGCAAAAGCCUCCACUUGAUACAAUCAUGCAGAGCCGAAACCAUCCCAACAAUGACUAACAUAUGGCGCUAUGGUGUGAGAAUCAGUUUUGCCUCAGUUUUUAUGGCUUUUGUAGAAAGGGUGCGGUGUCUACAAGUAGCUUACUAGAAUGCCAAGAUCAAGGUGUGCAGGACAGACAAAUUUUUCUUUUAUCGCCAAGUCGUCAAGAGAGGUUCAGCAUUUUCUCGUUCACUGCUACAGCUCUCCAUAUCAAAAUCAACAAAUGAAUCAAUGUUUAGGGGUAAGAGAAGCAUUAAGGAAGACCAAACUGCUUGGUUUGCGGGUUUAUCAUCCUAACUAGCAGCAAAUAGGCAGAGGUUGUGCGCAAACUCCAGCAUUAUGCACAACAAGGCUUACAAUUUUUUGUCUAUACAGUCCAUAGGAAAUCUUGACUGAAACA